AUAGUCGAGGAAUUUCUUGAAUCGUUAGAGCCAGUGAUAAAAGACCGAGAUUUAUACACAUUAUUGCAAAAUUGUUUGCCUAAUACCUUAGACACUACGAUUGAGUGGUUUAACAAAGAUAAAGGCGAUCCAAGAACAUUUUUAAUUACAGGAGAUAGUAAGAAAAUUAUUUGCAUUUUUGCAAAUAUGCCAUAGAUAUGACCUUAACAAAUGCUGUUUAGUUCCGGCUAUGUGGAUUAGAGAUUCUACGAACCAAAUUAAACCCUAUCUACGAUUCGUGAAUGAUGAUAUCGAAUUGAAGGAUUUGAUAUUCGGUGUCAUACAAGUCCAAGCAACUUAUUUAAAUUACGACCCUUAUGCAAAUGCUUUUUUAAAGCCAUGUGUAGUAUGGGAAUCAAAGUAUGAGCUUGAUUCGAUCGGCCACUUCUUUCAAUUAACCAAUGAAUAUUUGAAAGCCACGGGGGAAUAUGACAGAGUGUUCAAAUCAAAGGUGUGGACAACUGCAAUACCUCGCAUUUUUAAGGUUCUACAAACGCAAAUGCAAGAUACCUGGCCAAGUAAACAGCUGAAAUUGCCGAAUAUCAAAGUAAUGAAUAGCAAAGACCCACAACCAGUAUUGCUUGAGGAUGGAUACCGAUUCAGACGGCAAACAGAUCGACCUACAGAAACACUGGGAGAGUACGGAAUAGGUGGAAUAACAAAAAGAUGUGGUUUGAUUCGCAGUGCGUUUAGACCAAGUGAUGAUGCGACCACUCUUCCAUAUCUGAUCCCUGCUAACGCUUUAGUAUCUUCCCAACUAAAGCAGUUAAGCGAAUACGUCAAUCUAUACUUAAGCAAACAUCCCGAGAAUGAUAACACAGAAUUUUUCGACGAUCUUAAGAAUAAGGCCGGCAAACUAAGCAAAACAAUAAAGCGUGCAAUAUUCAAACACGCUGUGAUAGAUCACCCUGAAUUUGGGAGAGUCUUUGCUUACGAAGUAGAUUGUUACGGCUCUCAUUUGAUCAUGGAUGAUGCCAAUACGCCCUCUCUGCUGAGUAUGCCUCUAUUCGGAUUUGUUGCGACAACAGACAAGAUCUAUCAGAAUACAAGAAAAAUGAUAUUGUCUGAAUGGAAUCCAUGGUUCUUUCAAAGUGAGUUUGGGAAAGGUAUCGGUAGUCCCCACACCGGACAAAAUAUGAUCUGGCCAUUGAGUUUGUUAAUGCAGCUACAAACAACAACGUCAGAGGCAGAAGUGAAAGAGGCCCUUCUAACUGUUAAAAAGAUCGCUAAUGUUACAGGUGGGCUUAUGUGCGAGUCUAUUGACGUUAAUAAGCCUGAUAAAUAUACAAGACCGUGGUUCAGUUGGGCAAAUAGUGUAGCUGGAGAAACGAUAUUACAAUUAAAAGAGAAAUAUUCAGAUUUAUAACUUCAGCUAUUCGGCAACUUUAAUAAACUAUGUUCCUUCUAUUUAAUUUUCCUUUUUAUGUUCGCUAAACGAAAAAAAAGCAGCUUGCCAUUCCAUACGAACACAAAACGAAGCCGAAUAAAGACUUUGAAGUGUUAGUAGCAUCGCCAGACGUAGAUUCAUCAAAAGAUUUUAAAGAACUUGCAAUAGCAAGAGACACUAUCUUGGGACCUGUAGGAGAUGACAUCCCUAAGAUUGUUCACUUUGUAUAUGGAUUA